AUGUCCCUCUCACGAUCACCCUCACCCCGACCGGGCGGAGGGUGGUCCAGCCCGGGGCUAACACCAAGCGGGACCUCCACACCGCGCGGCUUUUCCCCAUCGCCCUCCUCACUAGCGCCAAGCGAAAUCUCUUGGGCAGCGGCGAAGGCGAAAUCGGAGGAGGUGCGCGGGUAUCCCUCCUUCUCGACACGCAACAGCGGCUUCUUCUCGCGGCAGAAGCGCCGGAUCUCGGCACGGCUACCUAGCAUGGCGCGCCAGUGGUCCUGGCGCACGAUCCUGGAGGAUGCUGAUGCGGCGAAAGAGGAUGCGGGUCUUGGUAGGGCUUAUGCUGGCGUGCAUUGGAUAUUUCUUCUUCUGGCCUUGGGAUCUGAGACUUACCGAGAACAAACAGUCAUCGUCCACCUAUACCGACGAUCACCGCUGGGCGGCGGUCGCAAGUUUGUCAUAAUCCUCGGGUCAAACGUGGAAGGCGGCGUGAUGGAAUGGAAGGGAGCACGCGAGUGGGCGAUCGAGCGCAAUAGCAUCUGGAAUAAGGAGCUCUACGCCCACGAAUGGGGCUAUGAGCUGGAGGUGGCCAACUUGCUCGCCAAGAAGCGGUAUUCGCACGAGUGGCGCGAGAGCUGGGAAAAGGGCGACGUGAUCCGCGAGGUGAUGCAAAAGUAUCCCCACGCGGAAUGGUUCUGGUGGCUGGACCUCAACACCUGGGUGAUGGAGUACGGCACCUCAUUACAAUCGCAUAUAUUUAGCCAUCUGGAGGACAAGGUAUACCGGGAUAUCAAUGUGAACAACCCUCUUAACAUCACACACCCCCUGCCGGAGUUUUGGCUCGACGAGGUGGGCCGCUCGGCGGAAGGGGACGGCCGUCCAGAAUCAAUCAAUAUGCUUCUCACCCAGGACUGCAGCGGGUUCAAUCUGGGGUCCUUCUUCUUGCGUCGGUCCCUUUGGACGGAUCGCCUCCUGGACGCUUGGUGGGACCCCGUGAUGUAUGAGCAGAUGCAUAUGAACUGGGAGCACAAAGAGCAGAACGCACUGGAGUGGAUCUACCAGAGCCAGCCAUGGAUUCGCAGUAGCGUUGCCUUCUUGCCACAGCGCAGCAUCAAUUCGUUCCCUCCUGGGGCCUGCGGCGAGGAGGAAAACCCGGCGAUCCACUAUCAGGAGAAAGACCGAGACUUUCUCGUGAACAUGGCUGGGUGCAUGUAUGGUCGAGACUGCUGGUCCGAAAUGCACCAUUAUCGCGCGGUCAGCAAUAAGCACAACAAGACAUGGAAGGAGUGGUGCGAACAAACUUAUAGCGGGAUACAUGACUGGUUCUUCAAACCUGAGGAUGUCCAGGAGCAAGAAUAA